AUGUACUGGCAGUAUCUCGGAAUAUGUGUACUAUUUAUCUUGGCGGUACAGGCAUUGCAGGUUAUGCCUCGCGCAAUGCUCGUGACGAUGCACAAUAGUUGGCCUACCGGCAGUCAGGGACAUUCCAUGGCUCAUUCCAUGGACGGGGUGAAACCUCUUGUACGAGUGACUGCAGGAUUGAACAAUGACCUCAACGCAGUGUGGAAACACAUGAAUGGGAAACGAGUUUUCCCCAUCUUCCGCCGCCUGCUCCGUGGGCCCAGCGCUAGAUCAGGAAAAGGAGGCUACAUAUACAUGUUCCGAAACUUGAAUCAUGGAGGAGAACCCGAUGACCAAGCGUGUUGGAAAAUUGGCUGCACGGCAGCCAGAGUCGGGGUGCGAAAGCGCCUGCGUCAAUGGGCAAAAAGUUGCGGCCACUCUCCCAAACUGAUUGGUGAAUGGAGAGUCACGAGAUAUAGCUUCUGUGAGAAUCUCAUUCAUGCCGAGCUCAAAGCGCAAGGCAAGUGGUUGGGAAAAGUCCGCUGCGGUUGCAAGACUUCCAUGCAUUGUGAGUGGUUCCGUGGGUCGCUCCAUGAGAUGCAGGACGUAAUCUCGUUCUGGGUCGACUACGUCAAUCGGUUUUACUGA